CCUAUAUCUUGCGGACAAACCCGGAACUAACGCUUUUUCACUUAAUUUAAUUAAUUAAACUAAUUAUUAAUUGAUUUUAUUAUUCGAAUAUGAUUGUAAAUCGUUGAAAAGUAGAGAGGUUAUGUUUGAUUGCACACAUGGGAUGGACAAGUUGACAAUAACAAAACCAACACAACAAUUAUAGAAAAUGUUUAAUUAAGAUUUAUGAAAUUAAAAGAUAAUAUGAUAAUAAUAAGAAGAUGAUGAAGUCAGAAGCGUUUGAAUUAACGCUUGCCAUUUUAAAACCUCACGUUAUAAAGUCUCCGUUCGUUUUACAGAGUAUUCGAAAUCUAAUAAUCGCAAAUGAUUUCAAGGUAGUAAAAUCGAGGAGAAUGGUAAUUAGUAGAAAUGAAGCGGCACUUUUUUAUGCCGAUCAUAAAGGAAAAUUUUUUUACAAUCGUUUACUAACUUUUAUGACCAGUGGUCCAUCGGAUGUACACAUUUUAGCAGGUUACGACGCAAUAGCUCGUUGGAGAAAAUUAUUAGGACCAACUAAAGUUUAUCAAGCUCAAUUUACCGACCCCGAUACAAUUAGAGGAAAAUUUGGUCUCUCAGACACAAGAAAUGCUGCUCACGGAUCAGAUUCAAAAAUUUCCGCUGAAAAGGAAAUUAAAAUAUUCUUCAAAGAUUUCGAUUUUGAAAAAUGGAAUAAUAUCGAAAAAGAUAUUUACAAUUAUGGAAAAAUUGACUUUGAUUCUUUAAAUUUUGUUCAUACAAUUGAUAAAAGUUUACGAUACGAAAAGUAAAUUUCCCGAAGAUUUUAUGGAAAAUAUUUUUUUUACUUACUUGGACAAAUUAAAGGGGAAUAAAUAACAUUUUUUUAUAGAAAAAUAAUAUUCUAUAUUUCACCAUUGUUAUUAAUACAAUAAUGGGAAUGCUGUACAGAUUAGACUAGAUAAUUUUUUCGUGAAACAGAUAUUUAUAAAAUAUUGUUAUUGUAAAUACAGAAUUUAAAUUAAUUUGAA